AGUAUCAUAGAAUGAAUUGAGUCUAUGUUCCUCCAUAGUUAGUCUUCAAAUUCUUCAUGGUAUCAGAGCAGGUUUAAUCCUGUCUCAUCGUCUUCAUCUUUAGUCAGUUUUUUUUUCUACUCAAUUCUAUUCUUCUAGGUUAUGCCUAAAUACGGUCCAGCCUUUGGAAUGGCUACCAACUCAUCAUCCUCUACUUCUGAUAUCAUCAUCUCAUCGUCUUCAUCCUCUCAUCAAAUGGAAACCUCUCAUCUGCCAAUCACAGCCCAUAAACUGAAUGGGCAAAAUUAUUUGCAAUGGUCUCAAUCCAUAUUAAUGUUUAUACGGGGAAAGGAGAAAGAUGACUACAUCACCGGAGCUUCGGCGGCACCAGAAACCACAGCAUCAACCUACAAGAAGUGGAUAGCAGAAAAUAAUAUGGUCAUGUCCUGGCUAGUCAACUCUAUGACCCCUGACAUUGGUGAAAAUUUUCUGUCAUUUGAUACUGCCAAAGAAAUCUGGGACAUUGCAAAAGAAACUUUCUCAGACAAGGAAAACACAUCUGAAAUCAUCCAGAUUGAAGGCAUCCUCCACGAUUUGCGUCAAGGAAACCUUACGGUAACUGAAUAUUUCAAUACUCUUACUCGUCUAUGGCGUCAACUUGAUACGUUUGAGGUUCAUAACUGGAAUUGUGUUACAGAUGGUUUGUUGUAUAAAAAGAUUGUCGAAGGGAAACGUGUGUUUAAAUUUUUGUUAGGUUUGAACAAAAAUCUUGAUGAAAUCAGAGGAAGAAUCAUGGGAGUAAAACCUCUACCUAGCCUCAGAGAGGCAUUCUCUGAAGUGCGUCGCGAAGAAAGUCGGAAAAAUCUCAUGAUGGGAUCCCAUCAACAACUGAAUAUGGCAGAAAGCUCGGCUCUUAAGACUCAAUUCGCUCCUUUUGACAACCGUCAAAAAAUUAAAGGAGGUAGACCUUGGUGUGAUCAUUGCAGAAAGCCGGGACACUCAAGAGAAACUUGCUGGAAGAUUCAUGGAAAGCCAGUAGAUUGGAAGCCACGUCAACCACUUGAGAAAGAAGGACGAGGCAAUCAUGUGGCUACCGAUGAACAAUCGCCACAACCUGAAGCUAGCCCUUUUAAUAAGGAGCAAAUGGAGAUGCUUCAGAAACUACUGUCUCCUCUUUUGUCAGUACAGUCACAAACUGGCUCAUCUUCCAACCAGCUCAUUGGUUCCGGAACCUUGGCUCACAAAGGAUUUGGAUUCGGGGAAGACGAUUGGCAAUGCUGAGGAAUGCUCUGGACUCUACAUCCUUAAGGAGCUCCAUGAUCCACAAGAACAACCUCAAAUGGCAGUUGGUAGUAAUUCUUUUUCGGUUUCAUGUCAAAAUAACGAUAGUGCAAUUAUGUUGUGGCACUAUCGCUUAGGUCAUCCAAAUGUUAUGUAUCUCAAGCAUUUAUUUCCUUCAUUAUUUCAUAAAAAUCCAAAAUCCUUUGAGUGCGAAAUCUGUCAAUUAUCAAAGCAAGUCCGGUCUCAUUUUCCCAUUCAACCCUAUAAAGAGUCUAGUCCAUUCUCAAUGAUUCAUAGCGAUAUCUGGGGUCCGUCAAGAAUAAAAGAUGUAACUGGUACUAGGUGGUUUGUCUCAUUCAUAGAUGAUCACACUAGAUUAACUUGGGUAUUCCUCAUGAAAGAAAAAUCUGAAACGAGUCAAAUUUUCAAAAAUUUUAAAAAUAUGAUUCAGACCCAAUUCCAG